AUGUUACUGCAAAUACCCCUCCUUUCCCCCCCUCCCCCGCGAUUUCCCCCGCCCCCCAAGGCCUACCUAGACCUCGUCAUCACCUCCAUCACCAUUCUGGUGGUGGCGGUGCCUGAGGGGCUGCCGCUGGCGGUGACCCUGGCGCUGGCGUUCAGUGUACAGCGGAUGUUGGCGGAUAACAACCUUGUACGGCAGCUGGGUGCGUGCGAAGCGAUGGGCUCCGCUACGACCAUCUGCAGCGACAAAACCGGUACCCUAACCUCCAACGACAUGACGGUUGUACGACUGUGGGCCGCCGGGCGC